CUCCUUCUUCAACUCCCCCUUCACCCCCACAGACUGUGUGAAACAUAUGAAUUUGUAACUUUUCCAAUACCUUUGGUGGGGGGGGGAUUGAAGGAGGAGAGAGCAGGAGUUUUGCAUGAAUCUCUCAAACAGAGCCUUUCAAGCUAUUAAACUACUGAUGCUGGCUUUCCACAGGUGAAGAGUGACAGCACUGACAGUCAAUAAAGAGAGUCAUGCAAAUUGAUUUGACCCUCACAUCAGAGCUGGCCAGAGGCCAACUAGGAGCUCGGCAGCUGCCAAUGGGACUAUGGUAACUGGAAUAUUUUAAAAACUGUACAAAUGUAUAAUAUAUUUAGAUAUACUAUUUGUAUUAUAUAGCUCUAAGAUUCUGCAGCUCUGUAUAGAUUGCGAUUCAUUCCUUUCUUAGUGGAGGUUACAAUCUAAUUUCCCUAUCACAGUCACACAGUUACAUGCACAUUAUGGUCAGUUUAAUCUGGAGUUUUGUAUGCUUGUUAAAGAGCUUGUUCAGUUGAGCUUAUGUAGAAAAGGUGUAUUUAAAAAAUGGGCAAGUAACUGUAUUUCCAGAAAUCAAAAAUGUUCUCUACACAAACAUAUCUGAUUCCACAGAUCUCUGUUGACAGGCACCAGUUAAACACCCACCCUCGCUCUGUUCACAGAAACCAGUUAACACCCACACACCCUCAUUAAGCCUAACACAUAACUCCUCCCUUUUUAUGUUAAUAAGCUAAAGGUUGGAAGUGAAGCUGAGCUACCAUCUGUUGGUUUGCUGUUCGACAACACGCAUACAAACUUGGCUUGAUCAAGAAGAUUUUAUAUAAACGAACAGGAAAAGCUAGAAAAUCCAGGAGCGAGGUAUCAGUCAGACAGGUGGCUUAGAACACAAGGCUGAGCUCAGUGUGUAGCUGGAAGGAAUUUUAUCACCAUCUUUUUAUGAUCGGCUUGGAAGUGCACAGUCGUGUAGAAAUCCCAAUAUGCCUCUUCCUCCCAUCCAGCACCAACAGCACACGCUGUCAGCCUGGCUCCCAGUGAGGAACAACAGUUGCAGAGGAGCGGCUCAGUCACAAUUUCCUGAGCAGUGGAGGGCAUCUGUGGGCACAGAGGAGCUGUCCAAUUCUUGGCCCUCGGCCACACUUAAUCAGCAGCUGGAGAGAAGGCACAGAGUACUUCAUUCAGAUGGUUCCAUGCAGCCAGUGCGCCAGGUCCUGGAGCAGGUCCCCUUUUCAAUAACUCGCUCCUAUGAUAGCGUUGUUCAUCCACAGAGCAGCACCACAUCAAAAAACAUGCUUCCUUGCCCUGGGAAGGAAAAGCAAUUAACGAGGCAAACCAGGCAGCUGCAGCUGAAUAGUGCCCCUCCGCAUUGCCCAGAUGUGCGCUUCACUCUGACCCUCACACCCGAAGCCCUUCUGGUCCUGCAGAAAAAGAACCUGGAGAAACAGCAGCAGCACAAAAUGCAACUCAAUUCCAGACCUAUAUUCGCCAGUCACUCCAGGAACCAAGGGUACCCGACACUUAGCUGCACCUCUCAGAAGCCUGUUCCAGAUGUAAGGGAGAUCCUAAAGAUUUCAUUGCUGAACGAACACCACCGCUAUGAUGAUGUAGAGUAUGAGGAUGAUGAUGAAUGGUUUCGAGGAGGUGAUGUUGUUCCUGGGUACUGCCUUGAUGAGGGUUUGGUGCGAAGGUGCACUGAGUGGCUUCAGGGGGUUGAGAUGGCUACAGCCAGGGACAAGAACUUAAAUGAAAAACUACAGACUCUGCCGCACCUCAAUACUUACUGAUUUGCCCUAGUGAGACUGUUCGGAUUUAUUUGCUAUCCUGGGUGUUCUAUGUUUCUAAGCAAAAGGUUGGAAGCGAAGCUGAGCUACCAUCUGUUGGUUUGCUGUUCGACAACACGCAUACAAACUUGGCUUGAUCGAGGAGACUUUAUCUAAACAAACAGGAAAAGUUAGAAAAUCCAAGAGUGAGGUAUCAAUCAGACAGGUGGCUUUAGAACACAAGGCUGAGGUCAAGCAGUGUCUAGCUAGGUGUAAACCUGCAAUAAACCAGAGCAGCCAGUAAGCAAUUUGAUUACAUUGGUUGCUUUAAAAUGUAUUAACUAAACAGAAUGCAUGAUUGGCUGGGUAUACUUCCCAAUUGCACAUUUGUACCUAUAUAAACAAGGCUACUAUUUACUGAAGUUAAAUACUAUAUGUAUGGCUUGGAUGCAAAAGCUUUUUACACAAAUUACCUUAGGGAAGCUAAGCUUCUGGUCCUCUACUAUGCUGCAACUUCCAAGCGCACAGACUUUUUGCUUUACAAAGUGGAGUGGAAAAGUGUGAAGAGUGAAACAAAGUGCAACACAGCCACAAUCAGUUCUAAUUUGAAUAUUUUUUUAUACAUAUAUAAAACAAUGGAAAAAUACAGGAGGGCUAAAGAUAUGGACUAUAGUAGAGACCGUUCUGACAUUUGCUAAAAGCAAAUGAAUAUUGAGCAGUCACAAAGCUGGGUCAUGUUUAUUUAUGUGGCCUGUAAUAUUUUCUUAUUUGGAUUUUGUUAGGUUCAAGCACUGUCCAGAGUUCUGUUUUGUUUGCAGCAUGGAGUGGGCCGAUUUUUCUAUUUCUUUAAGUAAAAUGUAUCCCCUUUUUUGACUUGAGCUCAUUGUCUUUAACUGCCAUGCCUACUAUGCCACAAUAUGCUUGCAUUGUACAUUGUCAUUUCAAGUCUGCUGCAACUAGAUGGUGCUCCCAUUAGUAUCUUGUAGAUAUACAGUAUCUAGCCAUUAAUGAGUGGUGAAAAGUUUUCAAAAUUUUUCAGCAUGUUCACUUGAUUUCUACUUACAACUACCAGGUCGAUUUUCCAUUAUUUUAUAACAAAGACCAACUGAAAACUGUACAUGAUAAGUUAAUUUUAAGGUUAAAGAGUAACUUUUUGCAAGAGCAUUAGAGAAAACAGCAACUGCACCUUGUAAUGUCCUAAAAGUGACUAUUCCAAUAUGUUUUCAUAACAAGUCCAGUCUUUUGCUUGACAAUAACAGAGACAUUUGGGGGCAGAUUUAUCAAAGGUUGAAGUGAAAAUUUGAAUUUUUCGAGUUUUUUUUUAUGGCCAAAACUGUAAAAUUCGACUAGGGAAUUGUUAAAAUACAAUUUGAGUUUUUUAAAAAAAUUCAAAUUUGAUUUUCGAGAUUUAUCAUACACAAAGAACUCGAAUUUGACUAUUUGCCACAUUAACCUGUUUUAACCUGUUAACAUGUUUUAGCCUAUAUAUCACUGUAUAAACAACUUCAGUUUGAAUUCGUUAUAUAUUUGUUAUGGUUUUAUGAGUCUCCCUUUUCUGCUAUUGUUUAUGUACAACAGCUGAAAAUGCUAUCUGAUUAUUAGGAUCACUUACCCCGACAACCACAAAACCAAAUGAGUGUGCUGUCUACCAUUUAUUUUGUUGUUACGCCGCCUUUUAUUCAACAUCUGUUUCUGCUGCUUACUGGUUAUUACAGAUAAAUUUGGAGCCUAUGAACUGCAGUUCAAAAAUAACUUCAAAGAAUUUUAAUGAAAACCAAUUGCAAAUUGUGCUGUGUACAUCGUAAUAAAUGUUAUUUAAGGAACAACCCCUUUAACUUCCCCUUUGUAUGUUUUGAAACUCUGAAGUGUAGCCUGCAUUUCUCACAAGGACUGGAAUUUAUAGAUCUAGAUAAUCGGAUAUACUGUUCAAAACUGUGUAAAAUGUAUUUUUUUAACAUCUAAUAUUUAAAACGUAAGUUAAUUUGUCCUAUUUUACUUCCUUUCAACAGAUCUUUACAUAGAGAUGAAAGUCAUUGCUAAAAUAUUUUAUUGUAAUGUAAGUUUCAUUAUGUACUUUUCAUUACAUUUAAAAAGGUAUACAAGUAAAUAAAAUUGGUGACACUAAUAUUCUGAGAUUUGCAGUUAUUAGAAUACUUUAUUCAAAAAGCUUUUUAACCCCUUUAACUUCCCCUUUAACUUCCCCUUUGUAUGUUUUGAAACUCUGAAGUGUAGCCUGCAUUUCUCACAAGGACUGGAAUUUAUAGAUCUAGAUAAUCGGAUAUACUGUUCAAAACUGUGUAAAAUGUAUUUUUUUAACAUCUAAUAUUUAAAACGUAAGUUAAUUUGUCCUAUUUUACUUCCUUUCAACAGAUCUUUACAUAGAGAUGAAAGUCAUUGCUAAAAUAUUUUAUUGUAAUGUAAGUUUCAUUAUGUACUUUUCAUUACAUUUAAAAAGGUAUACAAGUAAAUAAAAUUGGUGACACUAAUAUUCUGAGAUUUGCAGUUAUUAGAAUACUUUAUUCAAAAAGCUUAGUUUUUUGACUGAAGUAACCUUUUAUGCAAACUGGUUUUUAUAUCCCUUAUACCAAUAUAUAUUUACAUAAUUACAUAAUUAGAAUCAUUCACAUAAUUUACAGUACCUUAAUCAGUUAUGUUUUUCUAUGUGUGUCAUAUAUAUAUGCUUUGUGUUUUUAGAAUAUAAUACAUUUUUAUUCCAGAACAAUUGUGUUUCUAGUAUAUAACAAUCUCUGUCAUUCACUGUUUCUUUGUUUAUUUAGGCACAUUUUAUGGCCAAGCAGUGUUUAGGCUAAAAAAUGUUAAAUAUACAUUUGACAACAUUUCUUUUAUUGUUUUACUGUACAUCACUGCCUAUAGACGUGUAGGUAUUAAGUUAUUUAUACAGAAAACUAAUAUCCAAAAUGCUCAGACUUAUGGGGGAGGGUCCAUUUUAAGCAAAU